ACACCACCUCAAAUCCUCACCGCAACCUUUGUCCCCUUUGCUGCUCACCUCAGAGCAGCUGUGGCGACCAGGAUCAAAAGGGACAAUGGAACGACCGCGUCAAGACGACGGCGGGCUCAACGCCGUCUUUUUCGAAGAGCUCAUGCAGAGACGCCUGCAACUCCGAUCAGAGAUACCACCAGAUCCAGCCACCGUCGAGAGCGUCUGCAGCAACUUUAUCAGAGAGCAUACCAAGCGCUAUUCACGUCCGCAGAUCAGCACUGAGACUAUGUCGGCGCAAGGAACCGCUCUUCCAGAGAGUCCGCCAGACCAUACGGAAUGCCCCAUCUGCCUUGACAGCUACGGUACCGAGGAAGGCGCGGAAUAUGCUGUGCAGAUAACCGGUAUUGCAAACUGCUCUCACGUCCUUGGCAGCGAGUGCCUGAAAACGAUUCUCAGGUCAAAUCCAGGCGGAGAGAAGAGGUGUCCUUUGUGUCGCGCUACGUGGGUUGCUGCAAUCCGUACGAGGCCGUCCCGAUUUGACCUGCCUGGGCCCCCUCCGUUUCAAUCCACGGCCGCGAGCUCGCGACCACGGAGGUGGGAUCAACCUCCUGAUCUUCCAGUUCCGCUUUCGUCCACCGCGCCACCGCACAGCAACAUCUCUCCGGAGGCUAUACAGCGUUUGCUUGGAGCUAACGAGACGCUUCGACGUUUGAGGGGAGGAAUGCCGGAGUAUCCGCAACUGGCUCCUCCGAGGGAUGUUUUAACAAACACUACGGCAGAAAACCCAGCACCCGCAACUGGAAACACCUCGCGGCCAUCGUAUGUUCAACUGCUCGCGGACCUGCAACUGCUACGCUCUCCACGGGGUACAGCAGAACCAUCAACAAACCAUGCAGCUGGAGCCGGGGCUACGUCGUCAAUGCCGGCGAACUUCACCAUGGAUGAGUUCCGACAGUUGAUGGGAAGAUUCCGCGAUGCCCGUCCCGCUGACAGAACCGAGCAUAUUCAGACGGCAGACCAGCAGGUUUCUGGUCUCCCAGGAGAUGACCAGACUGCAGCCCCCGUGGAAAACGCGGGCUCAAACGACUAUCCUAUUGACCUCACUGCUACAGAUGGUACCGGAGACUCAAGCGCAACCCGCCCUCCGCUCGAUGACACCGACAUGACAGAAACGGACGCAGCUAUCGUACAAGGCAUUCGCGAGGUGGAAGAGAUCCGUCAUCGAGCAAGGGAAACAGUCAGCCGAGCGCGUUGUCUUCUCGGACGGCGUCCUACGCCUUUGAACGGUGGAGUGCAGCAGAGCCACAGUCAAAAUAACCGUCCUCUGCGCGCCGAUUUGGAGGACCGCGUCGGUGAACUCUCGCGCGCCUCGGAAGCCAGGAGGCAACUGCAGCGACGAGCAGUUCUUGACGAGCUCGCUCGCUCCCCCCGUCGUUCAUCCAAUAGGAUGCCCAGCAGGCGACCGCUUUUCGGAAACUCACCUGAGAGGCUGCCUAGUGCUGCUGAACGCGCAUCCGGUCCUGAACCUUUGUCGCCUCCUUCUCAACCGUCGCUGCUCGGCUUGCUGGAGCGAGAGUGCCGAGUCACGCAGAGGGAGCUAGCCUGUGACCGACGCGAAGCUAGGUUGAGGCGACAAGAGGAACGCGUGGACCGUUUCCUGGAGAUGGCGCGGCGUCAUCGAAGGGAGGUGCUGGAGGCGAAUCUGGAAUAUGCGACGGGACAGUAUGGAUUCGGGAGCGACGAAUUGUUUGACUCUUCGUCCUAUCCGAUUCUCUAGCGUGAGGGACGUGCCAGGCGUUCGUGUAGAUAGAGAUGGCGAAGGUCUUGAGGAAGUUUGCGAGGAGGUGGGAAUACUCAAUGUGAUGGACUGUGAGGAAGUGAUAAGACUGGGACUAUACUCGGUGCAGAGCUUGGGACUGAAUUAAUGCCGCGAAACAACUGCCCUGGCGCGUGAGAGAGCGGUACUGGAUUCCUGGAAUUCCAGAAAACCCUCAAUGUUGACAACCUGCCAGCAUGUUAUAUCAAUCUGCAAUAGCGAUAGUACUCACAGGAAUGAAAGGCAGAUGCA